AUGGUUAUGGAAGAGACCAAGAAGCGAGUCCGGGACGAGUCGGAUGCCGGUCUAGUAUCCAGUCCCGAGCCCGACAAUUUGGGGCCGUUCACCUCAGCAUUCCAGGAAGCUGACCUCACUGAGUCGAAGCGGCCCCGGGUUGAUGGCCCAGAGGACUAUUCCAGCUCGCCCGAGUCGUGGCGGAUUGAGGAGACGAUACUCGACAUACUGGAUGAUCCCAUCGACGUUGACACGGCAGUCCAGGGCCUCGACUCGGUGAUCAGGAGCUUCGAGGAGGAGAUACUUGGUGCCCCGGCUCAUCAGCCGGACCUCGGGUACCUUCUGGAAGCUUCCGAUGACGAGCUCGGCCUUCCACCGACAUUGGCUAAUUACUCAUCCUCCGAUGUGCGGGGGUUUGGAGGCGCCGGUUGGUCUGAGAGCUCGGACGGCUUCGAGCUUGGAGGGCUAUUCGGGUUCGACAAUGAGUUCGCGGGCUAUGGCGGAUACGAGUUUGCGGUCGGUGCCGACGGGUGUUGGUCGGGCUACGGCGGCGGAGACGGGGAGUUUGUGGCAGUGGGAGGGCUGUUUGAUUACGUAGAGCCGGAUAGCGAAUGGGCCGAAAUUUAG